UUUAUUUGUGUGAUGGGAUAUGCAAAAUUUCGAGACCUAGGUCUUACAAGGCAAGGAUAGUGUCCACUUGUCCUUAUGAGAGAGCGUGUGUGUGGUGUGAAGUAAAAGUGGCACACUUUCCACGUAGGAACAGGGACACACAUGUCAAUUACAGAUUUGCACACACACCCUCCUUUCUUUCCACACAAAACCAUUCUCUUAUCUUCUUCUUCAUCUUCUUGAGAGAGAGAGAGAGACAAAGAAGAACAGCAAAGUAAGAAAGUAGCAAAAAUGGCACAGGCAGCCACAGCAAGUGGCCUUAACACCGCCGCAAAGUGUGGCCCUUGUUCAGUAAAUGGUGGUGGUGGAUUACGACCAACCUUGAAAUUGAAGCCGAUGGCUCUGGGUCCCAAGUCAUGGUUCUUCUCAGGCUCACUGAACCUGUUGCAUCAUCCCAACCAGAAACACCUUACAUCAGCAGCACCAAGGAUUUCCAUGCGUGUGGCCUCCAAGCAAGCCUAUAUCUGCCGAGAUUGCGGGUAUAUAUAUAACGAUAGAACUCCCUUUGACAAGUUGCCUGAUAACUACUUCUGCCCCGUUUGUGGAGCUCCAAAGAGAAGAUUUAAGCCUUAUGCACCUGCUGUCACAAGAGGUGCAAAUGAUACAUCAGUUAGAAAGGCAAGAAAGGCCGAGCUCCAGAGGGAUGAAGCGGUUGGGAAGGCACUUCCUAUUGCAAUUUUGGUGGGAAUUGCAGCGCUUGUUGGAUUGUAUUUCUACCUCAACACCCAGUACUAGGUUGCACUCCCCAUUACCUCUGAAAUCUGGAGUUUAACGUGUUACUCUUGUCUUCUUUUCUUUCUUUCUUUUUGUACCUUAUGUUUCAUUCAUACAGGAGAACAUUAUUGGUCAUGUUUAUAAACCCUGCCUAAUCAAGGUGGAAGAGUUGAUUUCACUCUCUCAAUUCACGUUUUUAAAAAGAAUAAACUAUAUUCACAUUUUCAACA